GAGAUGAAUGAUGGCUGACAAAGGGAAGGAUACUAUUUCUCACUCAGAUAAAUUAAGUGUUUGUAAAAAAUUUAACCAAAGUAAAGUCGCAAUGAAUUUAUUAACAGUAAUUUUAUAUAUUGGAAUUCUACCUCAAGUAAUUUUAGGACAAAAUUCGGACGAUUCUAGGAGAAAUACUGACUGUUACGAUGCUAACGGUCGGCCACAGCGCUGCAUGCCAGAAUUUAUAAAUGCAGCAUUUGGAUUACCCGUAGAGGCGACGAAUACUUGUGGUGUCAAACGUGUUACAGAGUACUGUUUGCAAACGGGCGUGACAGGGGCAAGAAAGAAAUGCCAUUAUUGUGAUGCCCGUACUGCCGGGCUCGGCCAUAAUACUGAUUUUUUAACGGAUUUUAACAAUAAUAACAACUGGACAUGGUGGCAGUCAGAGACCAUGUUAGAAGGAAUUCAGUAUCCCAUUGUAGUUAACUUGACCUUAAAUUUAAAAAAACAAUAUGAAGUUACAUACAUUAGACUUAAGUUCUACUCUCCAAGACCAGAAAGUUUUGCUAUUUAUAAAAGAAAGACUGACAGUGAUCCAUGGAUACCAUGGCAGUUCUACAGUGCAUCAUGUGAGAGGACAUACAAUUUACCAAGACGAGGAAUAAUAACUUCAGAGAAUGAGGCUAAUGCUAUAUGUACAGAUGAAUAUAGUGAUAUUUCACCAUUAACUGGUGGUAGUGUACCAUUUAGUACCCUGGAAGGACGACCUAGUGCUUUUGAAUAUGAAAAUAGUCUUGUUUUACAGGAUUGGGUAACAGCAUCUUCAAUAAAGAUCAGUCUAACCAGAUUAAAUACCUUUGGUGAUGAAGUAUUUGGAGAUGCCAGAGUGUUGAAGUCAUACUUCUAUGCUAUAUCUGAUCUUGCUGUUGGUGCUAGGUGUAAAUGUAAUGGACAUGCCAAGUCUUGCUCAUUUAAAACUGAUGGUGAUUUGAUGUGUAACUGUGAACAUCGCACUACUGGGGACAAUUGUGAGAAAUGUGAAGCUAAUUUUAAUGACAGACCAUGGGCCAGAGCUUCACAAGAUGCUGCUUUUGAAUGUUUAGCCUGUGAUUGCAAUGGUAAAGCAGAUACAUGUUACUUUGAUGAGGAACAGUAUAACCGGACAGGUCAUGGAGGUCACUGUAUAGAUUGCCGUGACAACACUGAUGGAUCAAAUUGUGAGAGAUGUAAAGAAAAUCAUUACGAACGAAAUCCUGAUAGAUAUUGCACACCAUGUCAAUGUAACCCUACAGGUUCAGAGAAUCUACAGUGUGAAAACAAUGGUAAAUGUCGAUGUAAGCCAGGUGUGAUAGGAGAUAAAUGUGACCGCUGUGAGAACAACCACUAUGACUUUGGUCCCUACGGAUGUCAACCUUGUAACUGUGAAGUAGCAGGCAGUGAGAAUAAUUUAGCUAGGUGUAACCCAGCUGAUGGCAAAUGUGACUGUAAACAAAAUGUUGAGGGCAGAGCAUGUGACCAGUGUAAGAUAGGAUAUUUUGGUUUGAGUGAGAAGAAUCCAUUUGGAUGUGUUUCCUGUUUCUGUUAUGGACAUUCCCAGGACUGUAUCAGUUCUACAGGCUACUAUGCAACUAACAUUGUUACAGACUUUGAAACAGGGAAACAACGUUGGACUGCUUCAGACAGAGCCAAUAAUGCUAUUAACACUCAAUUUAAUGCUUUCUUACAAAAUCUUGGAGUGUCUUCCACAGGAUAUGAACAUGUGUAUUUUAUAGCACCAGCUCGUUAUCUGGGAAACCAGAGAUUAAGUUACAACCAGUUCUUGUCCUUUGAUCUACGUACAGGGGAGGAAGAGGGAAGAGCCUCUGUUGUGGAUAUUGUACUGGAAGGAUCUGGACAGAAAGUAUCGUCAGCAAUCUUUACACAGGGUAACCAAAUGCCUGGAAUAGAAUCACACAACUAUAAAUUCCGUUUGAAUGAACAUCCUAAUUAUCAGUGGACACCAAGAAUAAACGCUCAGGAUUUCUUGACAAUUUUGUCAAACCUGACAGCCAUAAAACUCAGAGCUACAUACAGCUAUGGAGGUGUUGGUUUUAUUGAUAAUAUUGUGUUGGAGACAGCAAGACUGGGAUCAAAUGGUGGAGAUGUUGCUGCUUGGGUAGAACAGUGCACAUGCCCAGAAGGUUAUGUUGGCCAAUUUUGUGAGUCUUGUGCUGCCGGGUACAAGAGAGACCCAGUUAAUGGUGGACCAUUCUCAAAUUGUGUACCAUGUGAAUGUUUUGGUCACUCUGAUAGCUGUGAACCAAAUAGUGGUCGUUGUAUCUGUAACCACAAUACUGAGGGAAACUUUUGUGAGCGUUGUAUCCCAGGUUACUAUGGAAAUCCCCGUGAAGGCACAGCUAACGACUGCCAGCCAUGUCCUUGUCCUGAUGGAGGACCUUGUGUACUUCUACCUGGAGGAGAAGUCGUUUGUACGCAAUGUAGAGAAGGAGAAGGAGGAAACCUUUGUGAGUUUUGUCUUGAUGGUUAUUUUGGUGAUCCAACUGGUUUGAAUGGAGCUGGUAGACCUUGUGAGAGAUGUAAAUGUAAUGAAAAUAUUGAUACUAAUGCAGUUGGUAACUGUGACAGGUCAUCAGGAGAAUGUUUGAAAUGUAUCCACAAUACUGCUGGAUUUUAUUGUAAUAAAUGUUUACCUAAUUACUAUGGUGACGCUCUAGCACCAACCAAAGGAGAUUGUAAAGCUUGUAGCUGUUAUCCUCCAGGCACGCUCAGUGCAGGUGUAUUGUCAUGUGACCCAGUGGUUGGAUCAUGUCCAUGUCUUCCACAUGUUGAAGGGCGUCAGUGUGAUAAAUGUCAAUCUGGUUAUUGGAAUAUAGACAGUGGUACAGGUUGUGAAGAAUGUAAUUGCAGUCCAAUUGGAUCAUUGGAUGAUACAUGUGAGCAGGGAACGGGUCAAUGUCAGUGUAAAGUAGGUGUGACAGGCCUGAAAUGUGACCAAUGUCAACGAUUCUUCUUUGGCUUCUCAUCUGCUGGUUGUACAGCUUGUAAUUGUGACCCUGAAGGAGCAUUGGACUUACAGUGUGGUCCAAAUGGUAAUUGUCCAUGUAAAGUGGGUGUUGUUGGAGCCAGAUGUGACAUGUGUCAGGAGAACAAAUACAACUUGACUGCUGGUUGUAUUGAUUGUGCGCCAUGUUAUAGCCUUGUCCAAGAACGUGUUAACAAUCAUCGUAUGAAGUUGGACGAUCUUCGCAAUCUUAUCAUCAAUAUAGGCAACAAUCCCAGUGCUUUCAAUGACACACAGUUCUUACUUUAUAUGAAUGAAGUGAACUCUUCUGUUGUUAUGUUACUUGACGAAGCUAGAGGAGCAGUCACUGAUAAUGGAACAUUAGGGGUACAGUUGGCAGCAUUAAGGAAAGCUGUUCAAGAAGUUAACUCUAAAGCUUAUCAGAUUGGUGGAAAAUUGACAGCUGCAGAAACAGCAUCACAGAAUAGUGAAAGAGACCUCAGACUAGCCAGAGAGGCCAUUGAUCGGGCAGAAAAAGCAUUAACAGCAGCAGAGAGUUACAUUGACACAGAAGGUAGAGCAGCUCUUCAGAGAGCUAGGGAAGCCCUGGCAAAGUUUGGACAGAAAUCAGAUCAGAUGACUCAGAUUGCUUCUAGGGCUAAGACAGAGGCUGAUAGGCAAUGGAAGGAUGCUGAGAGAAUUGAAAUGUUGGCAAAAAAUGCUCUGAACACAUCUCGAGAGGCCAAACGUCUUGCUGAAGAAACAUUGAGAAUGCCUGACAAAACAAGUGACGACAUUACUAGAUUAAAACAGCAGUACAAUGAUGCAGAUAGACUUUACAAUCAAACGAGAACAUUUGCUGAGAGUGCUAAACAAAGAGCAAUUGAUGCAUAUGAUGAAGCUUUAAAACUAUAUACAGAUGCCACAUCAAUACAGCUACCAGGAACUGAUGUUCCUGCUCUUAAAAGUAAUGCAAUGCUGAUAAAGAGAGAGGCACAGGAAAUAAAAGAUGAAGCAAUGAGAUUAAUGAGAGACAAUGCUGCACUUUUAGAGGAUGUUUCUAAUCAAACUAGAGAUGCUACUGGAAUGUUGAAGGUUGGAAAUGAACAGCAGAAUCGUGUUGACGAGCUGUUAGCUGAAGCAGAUGCUGCAAGACAAAUGGCAAGAGAUGCCACCAACCGUGCUGAACAAACAUUAAAGGAAGCCAGUGAAACACUCAGAAUUUUACUGGGAUUUAAUCAACAGGUUCAGGAAAACAAAGACAAGGCAGAUAAUGCUCUUCUGAGAAUACCAGAAAUUGAAGCUAUAAUUGAAGAGGCAGAGAAAAAGACAACGGAAGCUCAAGAUGCCCUGAGUGGAGCAGAGUCUGAUGCCGACAUGUCCCUGAAACUUGCACAGCAGGCACAAAGUACAGCUCAGAAUGCAUCUAAUGAGGCAAGUAGAAUCAGACAGGAAGCUGACAAGACAAAAGAGAAGGCUACCUAUCUGAAGGAUGAGGCAGAUAACUUAUCAGAAGAUGUGAAUAAUUUAGAAAAAGACAUAGCACAACGGGAAAAACAGGCUGAUGAUGAUUCAGCUCUUACAAAUGAUGCAUUGAAAAAGGCUAGUCAAGCACAGAAUACAGCCAGAGAUGUAUCAACUAAAGUUACAACAGCAUUAAAUGAAAUUAAAAAUAUCUCUAAUUUAUUGAAUCAACUUGAUAGUGUGGACACUGCUAAAUUAGAUGCUUUAGAAAGAGACCUUGAGGAUGCAGAGAGGCAUUUAAGAGAAAAUAAUUUAGACAAACAAUUUGUUGACCUUGAGAAUGCAAAUAAUGAAGUCAUAGAUCUUGUUCUCAAAAGUAAACGAGAAUAUGAUGACCUGAAGAAAGACGUAGAAAAUAUAGAACAAAUAAUGAAUUCACUACCUGAUGGUUGUUUCAAGAAUAUAGAAAUAGAAACAGCACCUGGUCCUUAGAUUAUUAAUGAAUCAAGGGUUAUCUUAUGUAGCCAUUGUCAAGUUGGAAGUCUAGAUCUGAGCGAUUGUUGGAUGUAAAUGGUAGAACACAAUGAGAAUGUGAAGAAUUUUAAGAUAAAGACAAUCGUUUGAAACAGGACAAGUAUAUUCUACAAAAACUCAAAACUAUGAUAAAUCAUUCUUUCUUUUUUUUUUAAAAAUGUCAAGAUAAGUAAGCAUACUUUUAUUACCUUUGAUAUAAAGUUUAUGCCUAUGUAAUUUCAUCGAAGGUUUGAUAAGAAUAUUUUGGUAGUUAUCUAUUUUGUUAGCUUUUCUUUUGAACAGUUAAAUCUAUGGGAUCCUUUACUAUUCUAGUCAAUACUAAUCAUUUCCUCAAUAUGCUUGUGAAUUGCAGGCAAUUUGCAUAUGUAAUAUAUCUUUCAUGUAUAUUUAGAAAUCAAUUUUUUUCUGUCUUUUGUUCAAUUUUGUAUUCUAAUUUUUUUUUUAAUCAAUUAUUAGAACCACAUUGAAAUGUGCGUAGAAAUUGUGAGAUUGCACCUAUGAUCAGGGGUUUCGAUUAAAAUGUUUUCCUGGGAUCUGGAACUUUUUUACUUUGCAACAGUAGUUAAAGAUUUAUUACCAUGAAGAUAGAAAGGUCCUGGGCCUUUUAUUUGUCAGGAAAAAUUUGAUUCCUUAAUAAUAUCUUGUAAAAGUUAAGAAUUUAUUCGAGUUCCUUCAUGAAAAAGUCUUAAUUUUUCAAUUGAUUUGCUAUUAUUUUUCAAACAAUAUAGGUUGACAAAUAUUGUGCUGUUAACAAUCAAGGCCAGUGGAAUCUCGUAGCAAUAGUGUUGUUCAUUGUCCUGUAGAUAAUCACAUCUCAUUAAUAUUAUUAUUUGGAUUUCAUUCAGAUUCAUUAAUCAUUAAAUAUCAAUGAACUUCUCAAUUUUGAAUAUUUGUCUAAACACUGCUUACAAUUAUGAAUUCAGUGUUUAGAAACUUGAAAACUAUAUCAAGUUAAUAGCAUUUAUAACUAAAAAAAAACAUUUGACACAUUUUAGUAUUCCCUGAUCCAGAAAAUCCUUCUCUUUUGUCAGCCAAAAUAUCUCAACUGUGGAGUAGAAUUUUGUUUACCUCAAAUAUGAAAAUUUUAAUAAUGUGGUAAUUUGAUUCAGGGCUUAGAAAUCAUUGUAAUAUUAACAAGUUAUAAGUUCAGGAAAAAUUUUAUCAGAAAUUUCAACUCCAUGUAAGAACUUCAAAUCCCAACAUAAGUAAACUGACUUAUGCAAUUAUGUUUGAUAAGGGGAAAUUCUAGUAUGUGUUAAAAGUGCAAUUCCAUGUGUAUUAAUUUAUACAUUAUUUGAAAUCCUUCCAUCUGACAACAAGACAAUUUUCAAUUCUAAUAUGAUUAAUUUUUCUUUCUGUCGAAAAAGUCUGAAAUUACAAUUAUAAAUGUAGAUUGUAUAAAUAACAGGACUGAAAAUAACAUUCUAUUUAGAAAUAUCUUCAUGAGUAUUUAAGACAACCGCAACCUACCAUGGUAUCCGUAUUGGUAACUCUAUCUAAACUAAUAGCUAGAAGAUGUUGGUUCACUUAUGUAAUUUGUUCUGAAAAUUGUAUUUUGUGUGAUAACAAUUAAUUGCUUCUAGACUGUACAGUUUAACGAAAUUAUUGACAAAACCACCAUGACCACGUAUAGAAAUGCGUAUAGUGCCUAGAAUUGAGAACUAUGAUGAUAUGCCAUUAAUAUAUAUACCUCAAGUGGGAAUACUCUGUUCUUGUUAUUAUAAAGAUAUUUCAAAAAGGCAGACUUCUUUUUUAUAUAUCAUUUUUGCAAUGCUUAAAACAUAAAUAGAAUCCUAGAAAAUUUUAUUUAUUUGGAUAAAUAUUCUGCAGUUAAGUAUAAAUUCCUUGGCAUUAGAUGUUGCAAAUAAAGAUACCACAAAUAGUAAUGUGAUUGUAAGAAGCUCCAUCAUAGCAUUUAGUAUAAACUCUUAGAUAUUCAAAUGCUUGUUUGCUUGGUAAUGUGUAAAUGACCAUUGAUUUUAGCAAGUUAUUUUAAAAUGAGUAGUAGUAUACAUGUAUAUCAAGUUAUUAUACGACCGCAAAAAAAUUUUGUGGUCGUAUAUUGGUAUGACGUUGGC